AAUUUUCGCCCCAUACUUUGCUUGAUCCUAGGCACUGGAAAAACUCUUCUGGCCCGAGCUCUUGCCAACGAAUGUACUCGUCUUCUCUCCCCCGCAAACAAUUCACUUCCUGUAGAUUCCCGCCGAUCGAUUGCUUUUUUCAUGCGUAAAGGGGCCGAUUGCUUAUCUAAAUGGGUGGGAGAGUCGGAGCGACAACUUCGCCUCCUCUUCGACCAAGCAUAUAGAAUGCGCCCAUCGAUAAUCUUCUUCGAUGAAAUUGAUGGGCUUGCUCCUGUGCGCUCCUCGAGACAGGACCAAAUACACUCAAGCAUAGUGUCAACGUUGCUCAGUUUAAUGGAUGGACUGGAUCGACGAGCCGAAGUAGUGGUAAUCGGUGCUACGAACCGUCCUGAUGCAAUCGAUCCUGCAUUGCGCCGGCCUGGCCGGUUCGAUCGCGAAUUUGUCUUUCAUCUGCCCGGAGAAGCUACCCGUCGGCGCAUUCUUGAGAUACAUACACGUAGCUGGCAGACACGCAAGCCAUCUCCAAUGGUGAGAGCUGGAUAUUCGUUUUAUUGGUUUGUUUUGUUCUACAUUUUUUUACGCCUU